AUGAAUCAUAAAGUGUAUCAAAAUUGUUUCAGAAUUUUAUAGAACCCAAACUUGUGUGUAUUUAGUCAUCUUUAUUAGUUCUUUUAGAAACAAGAUCUAGUAGAAGACUUAAUAUAAUUUUUAGCCAGUAAUGAGCAUUAAAUGUUGUUAUCUGUAGCAAGCGUAAUAGAAUUCGAAAAAAAGUUGCUCAUUUCCUCUGGAUACAAAGCAUGGAUAUUGUUAAUGCUUAUACAAUUGUGAUUUGUGACUGACAUUCAGAAUAAAAGGAGAUACUAAGUUUCACGUUAGCAAGAAGAUCAAUGUAAUUUCCUGACCCAAAAUUUUAUCCUAAGUUAACAAAAAGAAAUAAUUGGAACUAAUUCUAAAAUGAAAAUGUGAUCCGGACAUUCAAAUAGUCCAAAGAAAGGCACAGAGGCCUGCUAAGGUGUAAAAAUCAACUUAAGAGUUGGUAGAGUGGGGUUGGAGAGAUGAUUGAGCAGUCAGCAGGUCUUCUAGAGGUCCUGGGUUCCAUUCCCAGCAACCACUCGGUGGCUUACAACUAUCUGUAAUGGGAUCUGAUGCCCUCUUCUGGCGAGCAGGUGUGCAUAUAGACAGAACACUCACAUAAAGUAAAGAAACAAACAAAAAACCCAAUAAAACAAUACAAGGGACUGGGGUUACUGGGCUAAGCUCUUUAAAACCUCUUUUAGACAUUACUUCCUUUGUCUAAACAAAGACUUUUAAAGAUUAUUUUAUUUAUUUUUAUUUUUAUGAGUGGUGUUUUUCCCGGAUGUAUAUCUAUGUGAGAGUGUUAGAUCCUCUGAAACUGCUGGAAUUACAGACAGUUGUAAGCUGUGGGUGCUGGGAGCUGAACCCCAGGUCCUGUGAAAAAGCAGCCACUCCUCUCAAUUGCUGAUCCUCCUCUCCAAGCCCUCCACAAAGACUUUCUGAAAUCUUAUUUCUGCUAACUUUCCCUCUUAUGUUAUAUUGGCAUGCUACAGAAUUUCAGAAAUUACACUUUUUCUUGUACUAAAUAUUUUCGAUAUCACUCAUAUUUUGAUGUCACUUCUCAUUACAUACUGUUUAAAGGGAUGGGUAUGCUUGUUUUUUGAGAGUGCUGUGACCUUCCUAUCUCUGUUUCCUGAGUGCUGGGAUUGCAAGCAUACACUACCACAAUAGGUUGAAUAAAUUUUAAAAAAAUGUUUAUGGUGUUUGAUUUCACUAGAAGAACAUUUAGUUUUUACAUCUAUCAAGAGGCAGUAGCCAGUAAUUAGGUACAUGACUCUGCCUGUCAACCUACUAUUUAUUAAUUUUUUAGACUUUUUUUUUUUUUUUUUUGGCAUGUGGGUAUGCACCAGUUUGUUGGAGUGGGUUUUCUUCUUUCACCAUGUGAGUCCCAGGGAUUGAACGCUUGGUGGCCAAUCAUCUCACUGGCCCAUCUACUAAUUUGGGGGCAGCAUUCACUCUGUAGAUCAGGUUAACUUAGAAUAUGUGUGAUCCUUCUGCCCUGCCUCAGUUGCUGGAGUGCUGGCAUUUAUUGAUGUGAGCCACAAUGUUCAGUUUAGGCUUCUAAGUGUUCACAGUUUCAAAACACACACACACACACACACACACACACACACACACACACACACACACAGUGCUUUGAUUCCCACUCAUUAUCUCGACUAUUCAUUCUAUACGUUCUGUAUUUUGGGAGCAUCUAGUCACUUCUGGGUUACUGUGUAAUUAAUUCCAAGUCCAAAUUCACGAAAUGUAUAACUAACUCCCUGUGGACAAACACCAAGAACCUUCAACUCAAUAUGCUAAAUUUGAACUCAUUUUUAAAGAGUCUUAAGCCGUUUCCGGACUCACUGCAUCCCGGCGCAUGCUUUCAUCAUCUCUCACCUGGAUUACUGCCCACUUAUUUAAAACAUUUAUUCCACUUCCUCAAGUAAGCAUCCUCCACAUACUUUAACUCUGACGUUUGUCCCAAAUACACUCAAGUAACAACUGUUUGAAAACCCUCCUCUCAUGGUGUAAUGAACAGUCUUUAAAUUCCAAAGUCAGGCCUUAAAUUCUCUAAGAUCACCUUUCAGAUCCUUCAACACUAAAUUUAACUCUUUUUCUGUGUUACCUGGCUGUCUUCCCUCCCCUACAGCCUUGCCAGUCAGGGCAAGCACAGGUUAGGGAACCAAGCCGAUUCUUAGCGAGUGUUUACUGAAAGAUUGUCCAGCGCAGGUCAGUGACGUCACAUCCGACAUCCGGUGGUGUCUUCCAACGUCGCUCUGAGGGAGGUUCACAAACAGGGUUUCAGCCUUUAAGCUAGAGUUUGUAACUGCUGUUGACCUCCUUCUUUGCAAAGGCCCAGAGCACCAGUUUAGAGUUCUGAGCCUUGGGUCUCCAACCGCAGGGCCCGCCCCAGCGUGGAACUCUGUGCGAGGGGAGCGCGGGCGCUGGCCGGACACAGACGCGAGCGCAGGAGAGGCCAGCUAAUACUCCUCGGCGUUUCCUUCGGAGCUCUCGCGAGAGGAGCCAAGGGAAGAUGGCUGCGCCGGGUCUUUCCGAGUGAGGAGGCGGCGGCGGCGCCCCGCGUCGUGUGGUCGCGGGCUCUUGAGCUGCGGCUUUCCUCGUCUGAGACGAGGGCCGCCGCCUCCGGGAGAUGCGCGUGUCGCGGACCCGCGGUCGCCCCAGGAGUUCAUGCUGCGUGCGAGGCUCGCGGCCGCCGCUCUAAUCGCCCGGCGUCGCCGCCGCGCCGGCUCGGCCCGCGGUGAGCCUCCCGGACCCUGUCCCGCGCGCCGCGGCGGCGAUGACCGGGGAGAAGAUCCGCUCCCUGCGGAGGGACCACAAACCCAGCAAAGAGGACGGGGACGUGCUGGAGCCCUGCGAGGAGGAGGCGACGGCCGCGCUCGGCGGCGCCUUCACCGGGGGCAGAAGCGGAGCGGGCGGCAGCGGCAAGGGCGGCAAGGCCUGCCAUAAGAUCUUCAGCCACCACCACCGGCUGCAGCUGAAGGCGCCCACUGCGCCCGGCCCCGGCGUUCCGGCCCCGCCGCAGCACAACGCAGUGACUGCCACCUGCCCGGCUCCGGCCUGCCUGGGCAGUAACCCGGUUGUGGUGGCUGACGGAGGCAGCUGCCCCUCGCUCUACCCGGUGCACGAGUGCGUCUUUAAGGGGGACGUGAGGAGACUGUCCUCGCUUAUCCGCACGCACAAUAUCGGACAGAAAGAUAAUCACGGAAACACACCUUUACAUCUUGCUGUGAUGUUAGGAAAUAAAGAAUGUGCACAUUUACUGUUGGCUCACAAUGCUCCAGUAAAGGUGAAAAAUGCUCAGGGAUGGAGCCCUCUGGCGGAAGCCAUCAGCUAUGGAGACAGACAGAUGAUCACAGCUCUUCUAAGGAAACUCAAGCAGCAAUCUAGGGAGAGUGUUGGAGAAAAACGACCUCGGUUGUUAAAAGCCCUAAAAGAGUUAGGUGACUUUUACCUAGAACUUCACUGGGAUUUUCAAAGCUGGGUGCCUUUGCUUUCCCGAAUUCUGCCUUCUGAUGCCUGUAAAAUAUACAAGCAAGGUAUCAAUAUCAGGCUUGACACAACUCUCAUAGACUUUACUGACAUGAAGUGCCAACGAGGGGACCUGAGCUUCAUCUUCAGUGGGGAUGCUGCACCCUCUGAGUCUUUUGUAGUGUUAGACAAUGAACAAAAAGUUUAUCAGCGAAUACACCAUGAGGAAAGAGUAGGAAACUUUUUGGCAGACUUUUAUCUGGUGAAUGGACUUGUUCUAGAAUCAAGGAAAAGAAGAGAGCACCUUAGCGAGGAGGACAUUCUGCGGAAUAAGGCCAUCAUGGAGAGCCUGAGCAAAGGUGGGAGCCUGACGGAGCAGAACUUUGAGCCGGUUAGAAGACAGUCCCUUACCCCUCCUCCUCAGAACACUAUUACCUGGGAAGAAUACAUAUCUGCUGAAAAUGGAAAGGCACCACACCUGGGCAGAGAACUGGUGUGCAAAGAGAGCAAGAAGACAUUUAAAGCCACUGUAGCCAUGAGCCAGGAAUUUCCUCUGGGAAUUGAGUCAUUAUUGAAUGUUCUAGAAGUAAUAGCACCCUUCAAGCACUUUAACAAGCUUAGAGAAUUUGUUCAAAUGAAGCUUCCUCCUGGCUUUCCUGUAAAAUUAGAUAUACCCGUGUUUCCCACGAUCACAGCCACUGUGACUUUUCAGGAAUUCCGAUGUGAUGAGUUUGAUGGGUCCAUCUUUGCCAUCCCUGAAGACUACAAGGAAGACCCAAGUCGUUUUCCUGACCUUUAGCUGAUCCCGAAGAGCAAGAGGCUUCAGGUGGCAGGGACUGACCUUCGUUCAGCAGAGAGAACACAUCAGUGAUGUGAUGAAAAACUGACCUCUAAUGAAACAUCCACAGCUUCCUGAUGUGCCAUUCAUUCCUCUUUUUAAAGUCACUUCCUGUCUGUACUAGUUUGACACCCAGUGACCCCAAGACCUUCCUAUGUAAAGCAGCUGUGAGUGCUGUGAUUUGUUUUUAAAGAUUUUUACACUUCUUGUUGAAAUAUAUAUCAUAUGAAUAUAUCUAUAGCUAUAUCUAAAACACUCCUGGACCAUUAACGUCAAUUCCGUGUCUUAAGAGAUAUGAAGCCCUUUGAAAUGCGUCACCUCUAUCAGGUGGCAUGUAUAAAUGUUCCUUUAAACUAUGUUUUCAUCAUCAUGUAUAGUUCUGUAAUUUGAAUGUUUAAUCAACUAGAAGGAAUGCAGUUUUCUGAGGUGAACAGAGCAGUGGUAACUAUUGAACAGUUGCAUUUACAGCCUGUUGCAAUACAUUCCGAGGGAACACUCCUGCAGGGAAUGCGGUGCCCCCACCCCGCCCCCACCCCAGCACCUUGAUAACAGUUGCAUUUACAGCUGCAGUGCAUCCCAAGGGAGUGCUCCCUGCAGGGGAUGCGGUGCCCCCAGCACCUUCAUGCAGCUCAUCGUGGUGCUCUUUGUUUCACCUGAAUCCUUUUUCAGUGGAAACUGUUUGUUACUGAUCUUCCUUUCAUAGAACCUCAAUUUUUUUUCCUAAACUUGAGUUUAAAGGUCCUUGUUCUGUUGAUAGGUACGGUAACAUGCUUACAGCUAGCCCUCUCCUAAGUAUCAGCACUUUAAACAAAUUCCAAAUUUUUAAACUUGCUUCCUAGUAAGUGCACGUAAGUCAGAUUAUUUUUAAUGGAAUAUGGAUGCAUUGGUGUCAAUUUUAAAAAACAAAACAAAACAAAGCAACGUAUUUUGGACAAUUAUAUAUGUAACGCUUUCAAAAUAAGGUAAAAACAUUUUAUAUGCUACAAUAUAUUUGUUAUAGGCUAAAAGUCCAGAAACACCUGAUUGAAAGUUCAUUUUUUUCUUUUAAGUCACAGGAAAAUAACUAUUGAUUUGUCUUCAGAGUAUUAAAAUCAUGCAUUACUCAUUUUUGCACCUAAAAUUUGUCAUUUAUUACAAGAUGGUUUAAAGAACCAAGAGUGAAAAUAAAUUAGAAUAAUGUUCAAAUCAUAACAGUAUCAUGUUGUAUUAAAGACUUAGCUAAAUGUUUGUGUCCUGAUGAGAUGUGUCAUGGAUGCACCUGUCAGGUUGUUAUAGAAUGUUUAAACUUUGACCAAGACUUUUAUUGAAAGAUGACUUAUUUAAAAAUCCAAAGUGUCAGCCGUAAGAUAUUUAUCUCUUUACAGUUGCAUCUCAGAUAGUGAUACCACCUGGCAUAUGUUGACAUUUUAUUUUUUAUAAAAAUGAUUGCAUUCAAAAAAAUCAAAGCCCUAAUCACUCCAGUAAGUGAUCUGUUCAGUUUUAAGAACUGAGAAGCCCAAAGCUAGCAUGAUGGAAUGGAAGUUGUCCCUGCCAGACAGUGGCUGAUCCAGCGACUUAGCUACUCAAUUAAUUCUGUUGUCAGUCAUGAGGUCCAAGGUUCUGAAAGGCAGUGAUCACUGUUGCUUUAGGCUCCUUGGCUCGAACAUAAAUGGAAAAAUGAUAAAUUUGCAGCUUGGGAUUUAGAAUUUCUUAACAUGUGAAUAUUUUGCUGGGUUACACUGGAGAUAGGACUGCUGAAAAUUGUUGCACUGGAUUGUACUACUGAAAAUUGUUGCACUGGAUUGUACUACUGAAAAUUGUUGCACUGGAUUGUUUUGACUUCAAUUUUUCUUUAAUGAAUAGUAGAAUCAGAUUGUCCAUUCCAAAAUGUUUUUUCCUCUGAUCACAAAGAACAAGUGUAUCUCUUAUGAUGGUGGGAAAAAAGGAGUUAAUUAAUGCAAAUAAACUUUUCACAAUAUUAA